UUGUGUCUUCUCUAUUCACGGGCUCUGAAAACAUGGAAUACUGUUUACCGCUAUUAUUAAAACUUUUUUUUUACUACCACAGAAGAGGCAAUACACCUCCUAGAGAAAUAUACAGGGCAACACUUUAACGGAAAAGAGAAACCUUCUUCAAUAAGAACUUAAAAUGUUCUUAUUCCAGUUACCAGAUGAUGUGCUCUACCACAUCAUGUCAUAUUUGGAAUACAAGUCUUUGAGUCGUCUUUCUCAAGUUUGCAAAACUAUUUACCAUUUUGCUAAUCGGGACGCAGUAUGGAGGAAGAUAGAGAAAGAGUUCAUAAACACUGGAAUGUCAUGACAAGAAGCAGAUGUGUAUCUCCACAUCCCGCUGAAGGACAGAGUGAAGGUAUCUCAGAACUGGAGCCAUGGGUUCUGCAGAAAGGAAGUCAUGCUCAAAUGGAGGAUUAACUUGUUGCCAUGGAUACAGCCUCGAUGGGGAUGUGCUGUGUCUGUCUCAGGCUGCAGACAUCGUAGUGUACACCUCGUUAGUGGAGGAAGUGAUGGUAAGAUCCUGGCGCACCACAGGAGGAAUGGGUUCUCUGUAGAGUACUCCGGUCACAAGCAGAAGGUGAACUGCCUGGGCUGCAUAGGAGGACUGAUGGUCUGCGGCUCCAGAGACAGAACAGCCCGGAUUUGGGCUUUGUCUUCCAACUGCCCCGGAGGCACUAUCCCCAUGAAUGACAAGGUGUGGUCUGUGGCUAUUAGUUCCACACAAAGGUGUGAGUUGCUGUGUUGUCUAGGUUCAGAGUUCCAGUGGGAUGCAGGUGUGUUGGAUAUAGUAUAUGAGUCGCCCUUCCAGCAGCUCACCUGUGGCUACGACACCUACAUCCGCUCUUGGGACCUCCGCCUCAGCCCCAGGAAGUGUGUCAUGGAGUGGGAGGAGCCUCACGACAGUGCCCUCUACUGCAUCCAGACAUACGGGAAUCACGAUUGCCAGUGGCUCCUCCUACUACGGCGUCAUAGGGAUGUGGGAUAAGUGGCAGACCCGCUGCGUAGAGAUGUUGCAGUUAUCCUUUGCUGUGAGCAGCCCAGUGUGGUCACCUGAUGCAGCACUCCAUCACUCUUCUUCUUGGUCAAAUAGCCCUUACACAGCCUAGAGGUGUGUUGGGUCAUUGUCCUGUUGAAA